AUGGCCACGGCCACCAUGACCGUGACGGCUGCGCCGAUCAAGAAGAAGCCCGACAUGGCUCCCGAGAGCGAGCGCUUCCUGCGAUGCUGCGCCGACGUCGCAAAUGCUCUCAUCGAGGACCACGAAGCCAGUAAGGCUGGUCGGGCCACACGCGAUAUCAACCUCAACUCCCUGCGAAACAAACUCGCCAAGAAGCACAAGCUCCAGAACAUCCCACCUUUGACCGCCAUCAUCGCUUCCAUUCCCGAACACUACAAGAAAUACAUCCUUCCAAAGCUCAUUGCGAAGCCCAUUCGAACGUCUUCUGGUAUCGCUGUUGUCGCUGUCAUGUGCAAGCCCCAUCGAUGUCCCCAUAUCGCUUAUACCGGCAACAUUUGUGUUUAUUGCCCUGGAGGUCCUGAUUCCGACUUCGAGUACAGCACACAGUCUUAUACUGGCUACGAACCUACCUCGAUGCGAGCGAUUCGUGCACGAUACGAUCCUUUCGAGCAGGCUCGAGGACGUGUUGAUCAGCUCAAGUCUCUUGGCCACUCUGUCGACAAGGUUGAGUACAUCAUCAUGGGAGGAACCUUCAUGUCUCUUGCUGAGUCAUACCGCGAGGAGUUUAUUGCACAGCUUCACAAUGCUCUUAGUGGAUACCAAACGACCAAUGUUGAUGAGGCCGUGGAGGCUGGCGAGAUGAGCAACAUCAAGUGUGUCGGAAUUACAAUCGAGACACGACCUGAUUAUUGUCUGCAGCCUCAUCUUUCCGACAUGUUGCGAUAUGGCUGCACACGACUUGAGGUUGGAGUGCAAUCACUGUACGAGGAUGUCGCGCGAGACUCCAACCGAGGCCACACGGUUGCCGCAGUCGCCGAGACUUUCUGUCUUGCAAAGGAUGCAGGUUACAAGGUGGUCAGCCACAUGAUGCCUGAUUUGCCAAACGUCGGCAUGGAGCGCGAUAUCGACCAGUUCAGGGAAUACUUUGAGAAUCCUGCUUUCCGAACCGACGGCCUCAAGAUUUAUCCUACCCUGGUCAUUCGAGGUACAGGUCUGUACGAACUGUGGAGGACAGGGCGAUACCAGAAUUACACUCCCAACGGCUUGAUCGACCUCAUCGCAAGAAUAAUGGCUCUUAUUCCUCCUUGGACUCGUAUCUACCGUGUUCAGCGUGAUAUUCCCAUGCCCCUGGUCACUUCUGGAGUUGAGAAUGGUAACCUACGCGAACUGGCGCUCGCUCGAAUGAAGGACUUUGGAACAACCUGCCGAGAUGUACGGACACGAGAGGUUGGAGUGAACGAGAUCAAGAACAAGAUUCGACCUAACCAGAUUGAGCUGGUUCGACGAGAUUACGUCGCCAACGGCGGUUGGGAGACUUUCCUUGCCUACGAGGACCCCAAGCAAGAUAUCCUCGUUGCUCUGCUUCGAUUGCGAAAGUGUACCGAGAAGUACACCUACCGAGAAGAGCUUACAGGCCAGCCUACAAGUAUGGUGCGAGAGCUUCACGUUUACGGCACAGCUGUACCAGUUCACGCUCGCGAUCCCCGCAAGUUCCAGCACCAGGGUUUCGGUACCCUUCUGAUGGAGGAGGCUGAGAGGAUUGCGAUUGAGGAGCACGGCAGCGACAAGAUCAGUGUUAUUUCCGGUGUUGGAGUGAGAAGCUACUACAAGAAGCUUGGCUUCUGGUUGGAUGGUCCUUACAUGAGCAAGUGGCUGGACGGACGUGAGCAGCCUGAGUAA